AUGACAAGAAUUUGUCUUGUAACUGGUGGAACAGGUUUGUUAGGAAGUAGUUUACGUGAAGUAAUAAAAAAUGAAAAUAAGAAUAUUAUAGAAAAAGGAAAUGAAAUAAUUGUCAAGUCAAAUGAAAAUAAAAACAUUAUUACAAAAUAUAUUUUCUUAAGUUCGGAAAUGUGUAAUUUGAAAGAUUAUGAUAAAAGUAAACUUGUUUUUGAAAAAUAUAAUUUUACUGACAUAAUACAUUUCGCAGCACAUGUAGGAGGUUUAUAUGCAAACAAAAAUAACAACUUAGAUUUUCUCAUUAACAAUUUAGAAAUUAGUAUGAAUGUAAUUAAACUCUGCCACGAAUAUUCAAUUAGUAGAGGUAUUUUUACACUAUCUACUUGUAUUUUCCCUGAAAAUUGUUCUCUACCAUUAACUGAAGAAAAAAUUCAUGAUGGUAAAUGUCACCAAAGUAACGAAGGAUAUAGUAUAUCAAAAAGAGUAUUAGAAGUUUUGGUUAGAUUUUACAGAGAAAAAUAUAACUAUGAAUGGAUAUGUAUAAUACCUACAAAUAUAUACGGAAAAUAUGAUAAUUUUAAUUUAGAAAAUGCGCAUGUUAUACCAUCAAUCAUACAUAAAAUGUAUCUAGCUAAA